AUGAACAAAUGGUUGCAGUUCCUACCCACAGUCUCACAUGCGCAGAAACGUCCGGGGAGAGCACCUUCGUUAAAUGAGGGUGCAAACGAUUACUCCGAGAAGGAAGGCUCCCAAAGCAACAGCUCGAAAAUAGACGAGCAAACAACGAAUUCUGCUUCCGAAAGGACUGCUGAGGCAAUUCCCGUCACUCCGCGACCUCGCAGGAAACGCGUCAUUGUGGCGAUGACCGGAGCCACAGGUGCAAUCCUCGGCAUCCGGCUGCUUGAACAACUGCGACAGCUCGACGUCGAGACACAUCUGGUCAUGAGCAAAUGGGCCGAAGCGACCAUCACGUACGAGACAGACUUCAAAAUUCCGCAGGUGCGGGCGCUCGCCACCAAGGCGUACUCCAGCCAAGAUGUCAGCGCCCCUAUCUCGAGCGGAUCCUUCCGUAUCGACGGAAUGUUCGUCGUCCCUUGCAGCAUGAAGACGCUCAGCAGUAUUGCCUCGGGGUACGGGGACGACCUUAUCUCUCGCGCCUGUGACGUGACGCUCAAAGAAAGGCGGAGGCUGAUCGUGGUGGCGCGGGAGACACCUUUGACUGGGAUUCACCUGGAAAAUAUGCUAAGAGUGACGAAUAACGGUGGCAUUAUCUUUCCCCCUGUUCCGGCUUUCUACAUCAGGCCCAGCUCGGUCGAUGACCUCGUCAACCAGAGCGUUGGCCGAAUGCUGGACCUCAUAGGGAUCGAUGCCGGCAACUUCGAGAGAUGGGAUGGUUUCAGAAAGCCCACCCAUUCAAAACACAUGUAG